GUUGCAAUUCAGGAAAUUUCCAGUAUACACCACAAUGGAUUCCGAAAAAAUCGAUUCUUCUCCUGUAUUUUCAAACAAUGAAGACGGCUCUCAUCUCCCUUCGCACAAUUAUAAGGCUGCGUCUUUACAACAAAAUUAUCUAGACGCAAUGCGAGGAGAAUUUAUCCCGAAAGACCUCAACGACCCCAGAAUGGUUUGUUCCAUAAUCCAUGGGUUGCGCUACAAUGAAUCAUUCGCCGAGUCUGAGUCGAUGCAGGAAAUUUGUGCUAAGGGCAGCAACAAAAUUCUCGCCCGCGCCAGAAACGCACGCCUGAUUAUGAGCAAUAAGAUUCCACUUAUGAGUGACGUUGAAGAGAAGCCAUAUUGUAUCUGGCAUCCGCAUUUAGCAACUGCUGAUACAUAUCGUGAGUUAGCUCAGAGAUAUCCCGACAUGAAGUAUCAUAUUGGUCGAGCAUGUGCUGUUGGCGGCUAUAUCGACUUGUACCGCGAACUGGAUUUGCUUCCAGAUAUCUCUAUUGCAGAAGAAGCAUGGCACAAUUCAGAUGUUACUGGUUCAAAAGAAAUAUUUGAUAUCAUUGCGUGCCAGCCGACGCGUUAUACCAUCUUGGAUGACUAUACGCGCUCCUUUAAUCUACAGGCUCCAAGGAUAGCAAUGGGCUUGAAUGGUGAUACAGCACUGCUAUCAUCAUUGAAUGUGACAUUCAAUGUUUUGGAAGAGUGGGAGGAGGCGAGAUCGCAUUACUUCAAUAUUACGGAAGAUUAUGGUAUUAGCGAGACCUCUUCAGCUCAGGCCCACAGCCAUCCUCUGGCCCCUGAGCACGUAUCUUUGUUGUACAACCCUCUUCCAACUCACCUCCCAACCACUAAUAAAGAUUCGAUAAUCCUCCAUGCUGCCUACGAGGGCAACAUUGAUCGAUACGCGCGCCUCCGGCGUCCUGUCAUGGUGAAUGGAGAGGCAGAGGCCAUAGUCCGUGGCAUCUAUCAUCAUACAGCCUUUGCGCGGUGGUGCUAUGGUCAAUUAGAAUCCGGGUUCCCUGAUAAGGGCGAUUGCUGGGACAUAAAAAGAGCCGUCUUAGCCCGCUUCAUCAUGGUCAACGACUUGUCCCGUGUUGCUUCCACUACAGAAACACGGGACAUAGACCACUCGAUGCCAUUCAUGAUCUGGUGGCCACUAAUUCCCCAGGAGGCAACACUGCGUGAGUUAGCGCGCCGCCGUCCCGACAUGGGUCUGCAGGUUGCCAUAGCGUGUAUAGUUGCAGAUUAUCAUCGGUUGUGGAGUGAGCUUAAGCCAGAGCCGCACGCACUGCUGUGGUAUCAGGCGGCACAACAAGAAGAAAAUGGCGCGAACUUGAAUAAAAACUUUUAUGUUGAAGAUCUAGAGCGUCGAGCCGCCGAGAAAGGUAUUGACUUGCGGGCGCCCGCUUGGGACUGCUCCAGUUUGUACGAUUGUCUAACGCGAGACAAAGAGCCAACAACCAUCUUCUUGCAGCCGUAUAUCCAGGUUCGGGAAGGUGUUCCGGUAGAUUAUUACGCUGACAGCAUUUACCCUGGCAGGGCGCAGGCAAAUAUGGCGGAAUGGGAUUUAUGUAUUGCAGUAAGCGAUGAUCUCAGAGAACAGGCGCGGACGGAGAAUAUCAAUGAUAACCUGAAUGAAAAUUGGGGGUGGCCUUAUUCAUGCUGGGAGGCACAGGUUUCUUACAACGGUGUAUAGCGGGCGGUAAUGUUAGAAAAUAGUCGUGGAUUAUGAAUUAUCAGAACUAUGAAUCACCCUGUUCUAGCUGUGUUGUCGACGCUUUGGUUCAGAAAUAAGAUUGCUUUGUAUUGUUCGUUUAUAAAGUUCAAGUUUGUCGACACUUCCUUGGAAGCUUAAUGGAUUCGUAGAAGCAAACAAAGUGGAAGUGUACUCAUGUAUUAUGUAAUCAUAUAUCUAUAUAGUAGGCCAUUUUCAUAUUUGCAGAUUUAUAAAACCCCUUCUGAUUGGUUAUAAGUAAUGUGCCGAUGCUA